AUGGCGGACAUGUGGCAUAGGUAGAACCCCACAAUAAGUCUAAUUUAUUUCUUCUCUUUGAGGUGACGCAUGAAAUAUGCAGUGUGCUUUGUUCCUGCAAACCAUGAUUACUGAUUCUGGGAAGGAUAACGACUUCCUUCCAGUUCAGAUGAAAAGGAGGAAGCCAUGGAAAAAAGUGCUAUAUGAAGACCAAGGUGUUCCGGAUAAUUAUGUAGACAAGUCGUUUCUUGACGAAAUGAGGAAAAAUCUAAAUACAAGAACCUACCAGUUCUGGUCCGUGGUUUCAGAGUCUGGAGCAGUGUCUCAACAGUUAAGCAGUGUUUGUGUAUUUGUAGCAGCUUUUGUGUACAUGGACUUUGGUUACUUGUCACCCUCUUUGCUGUUUGUGGCUUCCUCUCUGUUAACGCUGGCUGGAUAUAUUCUUUUUGAUCUUUUGGAUGGAGGAGCAUUAAGAUCUGAAUCAAACAGAACUAGAAUGGAUGACAUUAGAAUUUGUGUUGUGGUGCUUGGCUCUGUGUAUGUACUUUCCCCAGUUUUGAAAACCUUAACUGAUACUAUUAGCACAGACACCAUUUAUGCCAUGACGACCUUCAUGCUUGGGAUGAACCUUCUUCUGUAUGACUAUGGAACACAUGCUGCAAUAGUCUCAAGGUCUGCCUCCCUAAAUGCCUCCAUCUUUGCUUCAGUGUGUCUAGCAUCACGUCUCCCCUCCUCCUGGCAUGUCUUUGGGACUGUCACUUUUGCUAUGCAAUUGUUUGCUUUGUUUCCAUCACUGAGAAGACAGCUUAAGAUGCAGCUACCAUCAAGUCAUGUUGUUUUGACCUGGACUCUGGUUCUAAUUGCUGUAGCAAUGCUAUGGCCACUUUCCCAACUGUUUGCAUUGUUGCUGGCUCUUGUUCACCUGGCUGUAACAUUUUUAUGUCCGUUCUGGUUAAUUAAAUUGCAGCGAUUCAAAAAUAAUAUACAUGGUCCAUGGGAUGAAGCUGUUAUUGAAGAAUAGCUUGAGGCAAAGCAGAAAUAACUAUGGUCAAAGUUUUAUAGGCUGUCUUAUUCUCCUAACAUGUGUAUGUGGCAAUUACACAUUCCAUCCCAACUGUCAUUUCAGGAAGUUGCCUAGAAACACCCCUUCUGUAAUUUAGCAUAAGCCUACCUUCCAUAUGUUUGGAUGUGAGAAACUUUUGUUUGCAUGGAAGCAAUUUUUCCUUGCACAAUGGCACUUUGUGA